AUGAUAAUCCCGCUCAUAGAAGGUCACAACGGUAAAGGUGGGUGCCGUUUUCGCUUCUUUGCCCUUCCGUUGUCUCACUGUGGUUCACGGAAAACAUGGAGCAAAUCAACCGCCAGCUACCACUACUGGCCACAGGAGUGGCUUCCCAAGGAUCCUGCAUUCAGCAAUGUGAGAGUACACAGUUUCGGCUACAACUCGGACUAUUUAAAGGGCAAAGGGGAGUUGAGCACCUCUCCACAUCUGAGUCAAGCGGACACACCAAUAGUGCUCUUGGGACAUAGUAUGGGCGGCUUGGUUAUCAAAAAGGCUUAUCUACUAGCGAGUCAAGAUUCCAUUUUUGAGAAGCUUGUGAAGCGCUUUCAUGCAGUUUAUUUCUUUGCCACACCCCAUAGAGGGUCUGACUCGGCUAAGCUACUUGAAAAUAUCCUAAAGAUAACGCAUUCCUCUCGCGCAUACGUUUCCGACCUCAAGCGCGGCUCCAGUACGAUACAAUCUAUCAACGAGGAAUUUCGGAAUCACACCGGCAAGAUGGAACUAUGGUCGUUCUACGAGACAUACAAACUCGCCGUUGGACUGUUCAGCAUACUCAUCGUGGACCCCGAUUCAGCCACUCUUGGAUAUCGUGAGGAGCAACAGAUCCCAUUAGGAGCCGAUCAUCGCUCAAUCUGCAAGUUUGAUGCGGUCACAGAUCCUAAUUAUAUCACCGUUCGAAAUGCCUUAGCCUUGACUGUGAGCCGAAUAUCGCACUCAGUGGUCACGUCGAAGACACAGCAAGUGAGAAACCAGUUACAGCAGCUCGAGACGUAUCUAGGCGUUUAUGAAAACAUUGAUGAUGACCUUAUCCUUCUCGAAGACACUCGUAUGAAAGGUACUUGUGAGUGGUUUGCAUCCAAGUCCAGUUUCCUUACCUGGAAAAGCCUUGAAAAGAGCGGUCCAAACGUCUUUUGGGUCCAUGGAAAACCAGCCACUGGGAAGUCGGUGCUUGCUGGAUAUGUUGUCAGUCAGCUACACAAGACCAAUGCUGGUUGUAGUUUCUAUUUCUUUAGAUAUGGUGAUAAGUCUAGAUCUCGACUUAGUGGAUGUCUGCGAUCCCUGGCUCUCCAAAUGGCUUGGACAAAUGCCAAGGUUAGGGAAUCACUUCUUGAAAUGCAAAGCCAGGGAGUCAGACUUGAUAGUGAAGAUGAGCGGGUGCUAUGGAGAAGGCUAUUCCAGCCCGGCAUUCUUCAGGCUAUCCCUGAGGGCCAUUAUUGGGUGAUUGAUGCACUCGAUGAAUGUGCCUCCUUGUCUUUAUUCUUCGAUGCCAUACUCACUAAUCUCGACAAAUCGACUCGGCUACGGAUACUGGUGACUAGUAGGGCGACCCCGGGGAUAUGUCGAUACUUUUCAUCGCUUGGAGCGCAUAAUGUUAUGUCGGAGCAGGUCUCCGUGUCUGACACUCUUCAGGAUAUAAAGCUGCUCGUCGAGGCCAAAUCAGAGUCUUUGGCAGUCGGUGGAGGCAAAGACCGCAAUAAAUUAGUGUCUAAGAUUUUGGAUAAGUCCCAAGGGUCGUUUCUGUGGACUGCCUUGGUACUUAAAGAAUUGUCAAAUUCGCACAGUGAGCAGGAGAUGAACAAGGUUCUGCAGGAUAUGCCUCGGGAUAUGGAACGGCUCUAUAUGAGAUCGCUCGACUCGAUGUCUCAAGCUUCACAGGGAAAGACAUUAAGCAAGGCUGUUCUUACCUGGACUACAUGCGCUACGAGGCCACUCAAAAUCCCUGAGCUUGAAGUCGCCUUGAGGCUGGACGUCAACGAUCAUUUCCCGAGGUUAGAAGAAAGUGUAUUAUCACUCUGUGGCCAGUUUGUGACAAUUGACAAACUUGGCAAGGUCCAGAUGGCCCAUGAGACGGCGAGGGAGUUUCUUCUCGACGCCAACCUCAAGUCUGAGUAUGCUAUCAGGAAGGAAGAAGCACAUACUCGCAUUGCUCGAACUUGCCUUAUGUACCUCACAGGCGACGAGAUGAAGCCCCCUCGGACGGGUAGACGAGGUGCUGCCGCCUUCUCUUCAAGAAAGAAGUCGAAUUUCUGCGCCUAUGCCUGUUCAGAGUUCUCGUUCCACCUAUCAAAGUCAAGUCCACUUGCAACUGAUGUCUUCCACCUACUUGUAAAGUUUCUAAGGGCGAAUGUCCUGUCAUGGAUAGAGAUGGUUGCGCAGACCAAGGAUCUUAAUCUUAUCAUCCGCGCCGCAAGACAUCUCAGGAAAUACCUCAAAACCUGUAUGGCACAUCUCCCGCCUGUUGGUGGUGACAUGCCUGUUAUCAGAGGCUGGACAACGGAUCUGGUACGCGUUGCUGCCAAAUUUUCUGACGCUCUACUGAUUUCGCCCGCGGCCAUUUACUCUCUCCUCAUACCUUUCUGCCCUCAGCAAUCCAUAAUUUACAAUGCUGGGAAGACUGUGAAAAGGCUUUCCGUGAUGGGCCUCUCCCAGAACCAGUGGGAUGAUCGACUGGCAUGUAUUGAGUUCAGUCGGAGUCAAACAACGGCCAUCUGCUACGGCGAGAUGAUUUUUGCAGUUGGUUUGAGUUCCGGAAAGGUCGCGCUGUAUGAUGCUACGUCGUGUCAAGAGUUUACAACACUGGAGCAUGGAGAAAGAGUGAUGCAUUUGCAAUUGUCUAGCAGACGCGGGCUGAUUGCUGCAUGCGGAAUGAAGACAAUCAACACAUGGGAGAUUCUUAGUGGCCGGUUGGUUUCCACUUAUCCUGCUCCAUCCCGGCCACUAGAGAUGAUAGUUCUGGAUGAUCGACUUAUAGUUGCGUCAGCCAAAAAUUACUUGGCGUCGUGGGGACUCGACGGCGGCGAAAUUCAAUAUCCCCAUCGGCCAUGGAACGAUUCUGACAAUAUGAAUGUUCAGACACAUCGAGUUCCUUCUGCCGUAUCAAUAUCAGUCGGUCACCAAAUGAUGGCAGUUGCCUACAGCCGACGGCCCAUCAUCCUCUGGGACCUCCAGGAGGACGCCUAUUAUGGGAGCUGCGGGAAGAAACUCGCCAAUGGCGAAACUAGCAGACACAUGGUCACUGCAUUGGUUUUCAAUCCCAACCCUUCGAUCGAACGCCUUGUGGUAGCCUAUCUCGAUGGAGAGCUUGCCCUCGUCGAUCCAUUCCAGGAUGAGGUUCUGGUGAGCUUCCGGGCCAAUUGUCAAACCCUAGCAGCUAGUCCUGAUGGGCGUCUGCUAGCGGGAGGUGUCGGAUCUGGAAUAAUUCAAAUAUAUGACUUCGAGACAUUAACGCUUCUUUACCGGGUUGAGUCCACGAAACUUUACAUCAAACAGUUCGCAUUUAGCCCGGAUAGCCUGCGACUGGCCGACAUCAGGGGUACAGAAUGUAACAUCUGGGAGCCUGCUAUUCUUCUUGGAGACUUAGGCGGAGACGACAGCAGCCAGGCUACGUCAAAUACUGUGUUCGAGACAGUGGCUACAGAGACAAAAGUCAAAAUCACUGCGCUUACUGUGGACGUCCAGGAAGAUGCCGUAUUCUGCAGCAAGAGCGAUGGAUCAGUAUGUCUCUACAAUAUACGAGCAGGCAACGAGAUACGCACACUCUAUCAUCAUGAGAUUAGUGUCCACGCACUCAGCUGGCUACCCAAGGCCAAACUCCUGCUGAGCAUCGACGUGUCGAACAAAAUAUUAGGGUGGAGUCUCAAGAAGUCACCGCCUGAACGUUGGCUCCCAGACGAAGUGAUCUUCCAAUCACGUCUCGACUGCGGACAUGCGAUUACCCAGGUACUGGCUAGUGAUGUCGCAGGGAAAUUCAUUCUGUCCACUCGGGAAGCAGAUCAUCUGUGGAGUACCAGCGGUCACGAACUAGACAUGCGAAGAUAUUCGUCGAAACCCGGCAUCCGCAAGUGGCUGCAACAUCACGACUCGGAAGAACACGUGGUCUGCUUUGAAGGCGCGACCGCUCGUAUCUAUACUUGGAGUGACUGGACGGAAGUAGCAAUAGUCGAGGUCCAUAUUGAUUUGGAUGGUCUACAGAUCAAGAAUGCCUUUCCUUGUACAUCCGCAAGCAAACAACGCAUCCUUCUCGAGUUAUCGGAGUUAGAUGGCCCAGCUAAGACAUGCAGGCUCUACCUGCUCGAUACGAAGGCGUUUGCUGUUUAUAACGAAGGAGAUAAUCCAGAUAGUCCCAGCGAGAUAUGCGCAGGACAGGAAGAUACACUACUGCGGAACAAGCUAAUCCAUACUGACCGAACAUCGAGCCAAUGCCUUAUCAACAGAUUAACCACCCUGAGCAGAUAUAUCACACAUUGUAUCGGUGUUACCGCAUCCUCCAAAAUUGUGUUUCUGGAUACCCACUCCUGGGUCUGUACUGCUGACCUGGACAAACCGGAUGACAGCAAAGAGCUAUACUUUCGCCAUUUCUUUGUGCCAUAUGAUUGGUUUUCGGGGUCAAGGAACAUAAUCUCGACCGUUGCUAGGCGAGAUGUCUUAAUGACAUGCAAGUCAGACCUUGCUGUAAUCAAAGGAGGAUUGGAAUACACGCUACCGGUGAAUUCUCCAAGACCUACAAAUGAAGGUUAA